AAAAAGAAAGAAAGAAAGAAACACACAAAGAUACAGAGGGAAAGAAUGUAGUGAGAAAGUAGAGAGAUAAUAGGGAUCGCUUUUACGUCUACUUCUCUGUCUGUGUUAGCCCUCUCUCUUCUUUCUUUCUCUUCCUUCUUUGCUUGGGAGAAGCAAAGAAGAGAAGAGGCGAGAGGAGACAGCCGAGAAACAGAAACCCACCUGCCCCAGCAAGAAAUACGUUUUAUUUGAAAUUUUUUUGAAGCUUUGUACAGGAAAAUUAUUUUUAGAGCUUUUCUGCUGGCUUUAAGGGUCGGACUGGAGUUGGGUUUGGUUGCUUUUGAUUGAUUGUGGGUUUUCGGUGUUGGUCAAGAUGAUGGUGGCAAGCAGUUUUGAUCUUUGGAAAAAAGAUGUCUUCUUUCCUGCAGCUGAGGAGGUGCAAGAAUCAGUUGAUAUGUACGUUUCCUUUUGCUUUUCGUUGGUUUUGAUCAUAUUGGGUUAUAUCUUUCAUAGUGCUCUUAAGAUGUGUAAUUUGUUGGAGAUUUUUCAAUUAUGUGGUUGUGCUGCUGGUUUUGAGUUUCAAUUCAAUGGGGGAUUUUGGGUUCUGGUAUUUUUGGAAGAGUUCGAGAAAGCUGUCAGGUUGAGCUAUGGACAACGUGGUGAUGAUCAUACAACAGCUAGACAUAAACAAUUUAUUGCUGCCAUUGAAAAUCAAAUUUCUCAUGUUGAAACAGCAUUAAGGGAAUCAUUUAGUGUGGAAGGAAAGCAACCCCUUCGAUGGGUACACCUGGAUGAAGAAGAAUCUGAUGAUUUUGCUGCAUUUCUGUCUGGGACACCCCAGAGUAUGCUAUGUGCCAAAAAUGAAUAUGUAGAACUUGGACCUUCUGUGAAAAGCUCUGAGGAAAAUGACUUUAGAAGAAAAGACGUGGACCUUAAAUCUAAUGCUGCCUGCAGCAGAGACAUUUCUGAUGAAAUAAAGGGUGUUAAAGAUGUUAUUACUAUAUCUAAGAAUCCAAAUUUUGUCAUGGAAGUAAAGGGGAAAGAAAUCGCAGGAAUGAGGGAUGAUAUAAUUUAUGAUGCAGAUAGAACAACUAGUACAAGGAAGGCAUGCAGUUCACCAAAUUUUGGUGAGUUGAGGAUCAUAAUAGCUGACGAAGUUAAACACAGACAAAAACUAAUUCCGGGGUGCGAGGACACACCUAAAGAAAAAGGAUCCAAACUUGUCUUUUGGAAGCAAAGGUGUGCGCAAUUGCAUCAGGUAACAGCAGCAGUUAAUUUGUUCAACCAGCUGUUUGGUCGGGUCGGUGCAUCUCAGAAGCAAGUACAAAGUCCACAGAAACAAUGGCAAACACCACUACGCUUACAUAAUCGUUGUUCUGUUCAAGCUACCCUUGGUUUAAUGCUCACUGUUUUCCUGCUUGUACCGUUUGUAUUUUAUUCAAACUGAGAUAAAGUGGUACAUACACUGCAUCUGAUCAAGAUGAAAACUGAAAGGUAUUGAAGCUGUUUCUAAGGUGAGAAGAGUCUGAAAAGGGAAUGCUUGCGACUAACGUCGCCUUGGUUGUUGUCAAGGCUAUGGAAUAGGCCAAGCUGCCUCGCUUUUGAGUACUAGGAGAGGAAAAGGCGACGGGAAUGGGGUAGCCAUCCUUUUAGAUUUCCUGAUUCCAUUAAAUUGUAAAUGCAUUCAGGUAGCUUCUAAAACAUAAGAACAACAUUUGUAAGUGUAGACAUUCCACAAUCUCACUAAGCUUGAAACUUCGAUUAUGACAUUAUGGUAUGAUGCCAAUGGUGGACAUGGACUCAAAAAUCCAUGCCGAAGAUGUUCUGCCCACCUUACUUGUAAAGUCCUUUUUAGUGCAAGGAAUGAGCACAAAUAUAAUACAAAUGCAAUGUUGUGUGAUUCA